CUCAGCUGACAGAUUUGAUAAUGUGGCUCAUUCAGCGGACGUUAGUGUGUUCAGCCCUCGUCUGGUGUAAAGGGUUUAACAGAGCAAUGUGUGCACAGGGGAGUGACUGGCGGAGUGCCAAAUCCAUUUAUGAGUUCUCAGCAAAGGACAUAGAUGGAAAUGAGGUAUCUCUUGAAAAAUACAAAGGGUAUGUUUGUAUUAUCACAAACGUUGCCUCCAAGUGAGGCAAGACUGGCGUAAACUACACUCAGUUUGCGGCAAUGCACGCCACGUAUGCUGAGAAAGGUUUACGCAUCCUGGGCUUUCCCUGCAACCAGUUUGGAAGUCAGGAACCUGGUACAGAAGCUGAGAUCAAAGAGUUUGCCAAAGGCUACAAUGCUGAGUUUGACCUCUUCAGCAAGAUUGAUGUUAAUGGUGACAAUGCCCACCCCCUAUGGAAGUGGAUGAAGGAUCAGCCCAAGGGGAAAGGAAUGCUUGGGAACAACAUCAAGUGGAAUUUUACCAAGUUCCUGAUUGACCGUGAGGGGCAGGUUGUGAAGAGGUAUGGUCCCAUGGAUGAUCCAAGUACGGUGGAAAAAGAUCUGCCCAAGUAUCUGUAAAGAGCUUCCGGUCCGUCCCCCCCUUCCCUCCACUCUCCCUUAUUCUCCUGGGGCUGGCUGGCCAUGUGGGUGCCACUGCCCAACUGAAUGACGGCCUGACCGUAAACCUGUCUGUCAGGGAGGUCAGGCCUGAUGAAACUGGCGUGCACAACCAUGGGGUGGCCCCUUGCAACCAGCAAACCUUCAGGAGACAGGGCUGAACUAAUUCCCCCUGCACUAAAACACUGGGUUUGAAAUUGUUUAUUAGCCUAAUAAAAUAUUGAAUCUGA